GGAGCGGGUGGGUAGCAACAGUUGCCCUGGUGAGGACGAGAAGCGCCAUAGCCACGGUAGCCCUGGCGACGAGAACCCAGCAACGAGAAUCAACAACAACAACAACCGAAUCGCCUAAAACAAUAAAAGAAGACAUUUCACCGGUGGCGGGAAACACACACGUGGAACCGGAGUGGCCAUAACAGGCAUCUGUCUCCACAGGGCUAGCCGGGGUUAGCCUUGCGAGCUAGGCGUGGGUAUCGAACACCAUUCGGCGGUGUGUCCGUUUUUCCCCUGUGAACGAGGUCGUUUGUGUGCUCGCUCCUCGUUCGGGUGUGACAGCGGAUUGUGUGUCUGUGUGUCAUGACGACGCGGCCGCAGACGCACACUCGAGCAGGCCGUUGUUAUGGCGAUGUCAAAUGCAAAAAGGGUGAUUCCCAGCUCUUGUAAUGGCCACCGCAGGCUACGUAGGCGAGAUCCAGUCGGCAGCCCAAUCCCAGGGGACUGGUGUCACCGUCACACCUGGGCAGCCCGAUGCCAGCUCCACCCCUGCAACUGCCCCGCAGUUUCUGGCUGAGAUUCAGACUGCUGUGGCUACUCCCACUGUUGUCACACCCACGGGCCAAACUGCUCCCACUGAGCAAGCCACUUCCAUCAUCAUUCAGAAGCCUGCAGCUGGUGGUCAAGCUCAGCCCACAGCACAGGCCCAGUCAGUUCAGACUCAGUAUGUGACGGCAGAAAUUCAGGGCUCCCCUUCAGAGACUGGAAAUGCUCAAAGCACUCCUCAGUACAUCGUUGUAACAGUCACAGAGGGCUCCCUUCACUCAAGUGACAGCUUGUCGGACUCUAGUCCUCCUCCAGCUGUGGUGCAGACAGGUGUUCCCACACAGGUUGUUCAACAGGUGCAGACGGCUCAACAGCAGACGUCUGUGGUGCAGGCCACCUCCCAGAUAACCAAGACUGAGCCCGGGACCCAGCUCAGUGUCACCAGUCUACAGCCUGUUCAUAUCAGCCAGGAGGUCCAGCAGCUCACACCAGUGCCAGUUCAACAUGUUUACACCAAUCAAGUGCAGUAUGUGGAAGGAGGAGACACCACCUACACCACCAGCACAAUUCGCUCCAGCACCUUCCCUUACACUGACACACCCCUGUACACCCAGACCACAGCUGCACAGUAUUAUGAAGCUCAGCCAACUUCAGGCUCUCAGGCCUCCACCCCUGGAACUCCUCUUACCGUCUCUGUGACGGCUGGCACAACAGGGGGCGUGUCCAUGUUUGUGGCACAGCCCACUAUUGCGGCAGGGGGAGGAGCCACAUUGGUGACCACAGGUGGCACCACCAAUGGGGCAGGGGAUGGGGCAGGCACCAAUGGUGGCACAGCAGGCAGCUAUGUGAUCCAGGGGGGCUACAUGCUGGGCAGCAGCAGCGGAGGGGCAGCUGGCAACAGUCAGAACUACUCACACACCGCCCGCGCCUCCCCAGCCACUGUGAGUAUUACAGAAGGCGAGGAGAGUAGCGUGCCGUCGGCAGACAAGAAGGUACAGUGGUUGCUGGACAACUAUGAGACAGCUGAAGGAGUGAGUCUGCCCCGGUCCACCCUCUACUGCCACUAUCUGCUGCACUGUCAGGAGCAGAAACUAGAGCCUGUUAAUGCUGCCUCUUUUGGGAAACUCAUUAGAUCUGUUUUCAUGGGGCUACGCACACGACGCCUGGGCACUCGGGGUAAUUCAAAAUACCACUACUAUGGCCUGAGGAUCAAGGCAGGUUCCUCUCUUCUCCGUCUGAUGGAAGACCAGCAACAUCUGGCCAUGAGGCAGCAGCCCUUCUCACAGAAACAGAGGUUGAAGCCUGUGCACAAAGUGGAAGGAAUGACAAACGGCACUGCGUCAGGAGCAGGCCAGCAGCAGCAGCAGCAGCAACAGGGGUCAGGGCACGUGGACAUCAGCACCCAGGUUCAACAGUACCAGCAGUUCUUAGAUGCGUCUAGAUCUCUACCAGAGUUCGCAGAUAUCGACCUUCAGGGGAAGUCUCUGCCGGAGGGUAUCGAACUGGAGCACAUCAAGAGCUUUCAGCUGCUGUACAGAGAGCACUGUGAGGCCAUACUGGAUGUGAUGGUCAACCUGCAGUUUACCCUGGUGGAGACACUGUGGAAGACCUUCUGGAGAUUCAGCCAGAGCCAGGAUGGAGAUCCCACGUUGGCUGUUCAUGAUGAGUCAGAGAAGCGUCUCCCUAAGUCCUGCCUGGUUAUUCUGUGCAAGUAUGACCCAGUGCUGCGCUGGAGCCGUGACUGUGACAACAGCCUGUACCAGAGCCUGGUAGAGAUCCUCAUCCCUGAUGUCCUCAGGCCCAUCCCCAGUGCCUUAACUCAAGCCAUCCGUAAUUUUGCCAAGAGCCUGGAGAGCUGGCUGACCAAUGCCAUGAUGAACAUCCCAGAGGAGAUGGUCCGAAUCAAGGUAACUUCAGCCAAUGCGUUUGCUCAGACACUGCGUCGCUACACCAGUCUGAACCACCUCGCCCAGGCGGCCCGUGCUGUCCUCCAGAACACAGCUCAGAUCAACCAGAUGCUCUCGGACCUCAACCGCGUUGAUUUUGCAAACGUCCAGGAGCAGGCUUCGUGGGUGUGCCGGUGUGAGGACCGCGUUGUGCAGCGGCUGGAGCAGGAUUUCAAGCUGACCCUUCAGCAGCAGAACUCACUGGAGCAGUGGGCUGCGUGGCUGGAUGGCGUAGUUUCCCAGGUCCUAAAGCCCUACCAGCACAGCUCUACCUUCCCGAAGGCCGCUAAGCUCUUCCUGCUCAAGUGGUCCUUUUACAGUUCCAUGGUGAUCAGGGACUUAACCCUGCGGAGUGCAGCCAGUUUCGGUUCCUUUCACUUGAUCCGCCUGCUCUACGAUGAGUACAUGUACUACCUGAUUGAGCACAGAGUGGCCCAGGCUAAAGGAGAAACCCCAAUCGCUGUCAUGGGAGAGUUUGCCAGUUUAGGCCGAGGUCUAAACCAGCUGGAUCCUGACAAAGAAGAGGAAGAGGAGGAGGAGGAGGAGAGUGACGAUGAUGGUCAGGAGCUUUGUCUUCCCCCAGAUGGGGUCGUACUUGGAGAUGAGUCUCUGGAGCCGCCUGCUAAGCUGGCCAGAACUGACCAGAGAGUCCUCUUCACCACCGGAUCAGCUGACGACUAACCACAGUCACACUGCUAGAUGUGGGCUGAUUAUAUUAAUCAUACAGACACUUAAAUGUACAAAGAACACUAAUUUAUACACUUGACACAUGUAUAUAGAUCUUGUAAAUGUGUGUGCACACCCCUCGCUGCAUACUGUAACUGUCCCACCUGUUUACACACACAAACACGUACACACACACACGCACAAUCAAACCACGCUCAUUCAGUAUCCGCUGCUGCCUGAAUGGCACGACUACCUGUUGGCACCAUUGAUGCAAUACAAAAUCAUUGUUUCUGCAACAGGAUGCGGUUUCAAAAACCAGUCUCUCAACGCAAAGAAAAACACAAGGCGUUUUCACCCUGAGUCAUACGAUCUUCUGAAAAUAUGAACUGAAAUCCAGGCAUGUCAUUUUCGUUCCUCAUUGUAUUACAACCUGUAGCCUUGACGAGAAACACCUGCUCACCCUGGAUCCUCCUGAAACCGCCACUGCCGUAUCAAAGUGAUCUUGAAAAUACGGUGAUGUGUGUGUGUGUGUGUGUGUGUGUGUGUAAAAGUAAAUUCUAGAGGUUGUGGGUCAGGACCUUUGACAGUCAGAGGUUGCUGAAUUUAGUUACUAAUUCAUUCAAAGGAAAAACACAUUUGUAAAAGACAGGUGGUUGGGAUUGUGUGUGUGUGUGUGUGUGUGUGUGUGUGUGUGUGUGUGUGUGUGUGUGUGUGUGUGUGUGUGUGUGUGUGUGUGUGUGUGUGUGUGUGUGUGUGUGUGUGUGUGUGUGUGUGUGUGUGUGUGUGUGUGUGUGUGUGUGUGUUCGUAUGUGUUUGUGAGUGUGAGGGGUCACACCGCUCUAAUGUGUUUUCUGGAGGAUGACAACAUUGUUUUUGUGUGUGUGUGUGUGUCUGUCUGUCUGGUUGUGUGAUUGUGAGUCAUGCACGUGUUGACUGGUUUCCUCUGUAGAUAUUUCCCAAGGCUUUCCAAAUGUUGUUGAUUUGGGAGACGUGUAGAUUCUCUGUUUGAUUUGAUUUGCCUGUAAAGAAAACAUAGUGGUGUUCUUGGAGUGCCUGUCGCGGCUGCUGCACACACUUGUAAAGAUAAAACUACGGCUGUAGAAUAGGGGCUUUCAUUAGUUGCUGCAAAAAAAACCUUUCUCUUUUUAUCGAACCGCUAGUUCCACGAGAGAGGUACUGUAUGUGUCAUAUAUUUAAAGAGUUUCAUUCCUGCUCAUCUACUAAGCUCCUCUGUGGCCUCAUUGUUCUUUGAAAUAUCAUUUUCUUGCCUUAUUUUGAUGCAUUUUUCCACUUGUGUGUGCCAAACUUUUACUUUGAUCCCAGAUCAUGUCAUUUAUGAAUUUUCUCUCUAUGUUUUAAGGAGGACUGUGCCUGAGUAAGAACGGUGAUAUACUUAUAUUCUGCUGUAUAUUUAUCCACUAUUUUGAAUUUUGUUGUCACUAAGUGAACCUCUCGUGCCGUGUAUGGUGCUGUGUUGUCACACAUUGUAAUCAGCCUGUGUGCUUUCUUGAUUUGUGUUUGUACGUUCAGUUAUCAGUCCUAUCUCAGACCUUAUUUUGACUUUUCCACAAACCCUGCCUCUUUGCACACUUUCAAUUGUUGUCUUUAAAGCUCCGAGAGAGUCCAUCUUAUUUUCAAUAAUCCUUUACGUCUUAGGUGUUUGUGUGUUUUUACAGUGUACAGUGCUCUGCUCAGUGUGGUUCAGAGAAUUUUGAGAGAGGGGAAAUCUCUGUCUGCUCUCCCUGCACAGUCCACUGAGGCUCAUCUCCCUCGUCUCUCUCUGCGAUUCCGCCCUUCUGCCAAUGGCUUUCUUUUGGCUGUUCAUCAAGAUUAGUUGUUGUAAACAUUUCCUUCUUCCUGAUUUAAAACGCAUAUGUCUUGAAAUUGCUGCAGUGCACAUCUUUGACGGGCAACACCAGCCUCAAACCAGCACAUCAUCCUCACAUGGAGUCUGAUGCUACCACAGCAGGACAGUACAUAUCACUCCAGUCUUUUAAUGUCCCAAAGCAUAUAGAAUGGCCAUUGUUUACCCGGUAGGACAAAUGUUUAGUCAUUUCUUUUUAUAGUUUAUUGUUUCUAAUGUAAAAAACAAACUUGAGGAAAAAAAAAUGUUCAGUGGCAGUGUUUUAUGAAUUUGGUCUGCUCUAAGUAUGACUGUGCCUUUGGAGGUGGUAGAAUGCAAUUCAGAUGUUUUUAAUUUUAAAGAUAUAAAUUAAAGAAUUUUUUAAUUGCA